CUAAGGCCAAAGCAGAAUAAGGCACAUGCACGGAACGGCGGGAUGAUGAUAUCAGAAUAUGUCUAAAUAACAAUAAACCUGUGACCAAUAUAUUUCUUAAAUAUUGAACAUUGAAAUGUUGAAUAUUUUAUUUUUACGAUUUUCAAACAAGAUUAUUAGUUGAAGUAAAUAAGCCUCAUUUUUGUAGUUUUCACCCACUUCAGAAUCGUAAAAGCAACCAUUUACCAUGCAAAGUGUCAUAAAUUCAGUUAAAGGAACUGCUCUUGGUGUUGCAGAAUAUUUAACUCCAAUAUUAAAGGAAAGCAAGUUCAAAGAAACUGGAGUUUUAACGCCGGAAGAGUUUGUCGCUGCAGGAGAACAUCUUGUUCAUCACUGUCCAACCUGGCAAUGGGCUGUAGGUGAUGUAGAUAGAACUAAAUCAUAUUUACCAAAGGAUAAGCAAUUUUUACUUACUCGUAAUGUACCCUGCAGUCGUCGAUGUAAACAGAUUGAGUACUGUGAUGAAUUGGAACAAAUUAUAGAAAUUGAUGAUCUGGAAGGAGGUUGGGUGGAUACUCAUCACUAUGAUCCAAGUCUUGGAGGAAUUGAUGAAAAGGUUACGGAUAUGGCAUUAGAAGAAACACCGCAACCUUCUUCUUCAAGAAUUGAUCUUGACACUGAUGAAGAUGAUGAAGAAGCAGCCGAUAUGGAAGCAUUCGAAGUUAGUGGAAUGCUUGAUGAUCAAGAUAAGUACACUGAAGGAGUUGAAAAAUCCACAAGAGAGGUCAGAGAUUCUUUUCCGGAAGGGGAAAUUAUACAUACCAGAACUUACGACUUGCACAUCACCUACGAUAAAUAUUAUCAAACUCCUAGGCUGUGGUUAUUUGGUUACGAUGAGAAUCGAAAACCGCUCAGUGUAGAACAAAUGUACGAAGAUGUGAGUCAAGACCACGCAAGAAAAACUGUUACAAUGGAAAUUCAUCCACACAUUCCAGGACCACCUAUGGCAUCUGUACAUCCUUGCAGGCAUGCAGAAGUGAUGAAGAAAAUUAUAGAAACAGUAAUGGAAGGAGGAAGGGAACUUGGCGUCCACAUGUAUUUAAUAAUAUUUCUUAAAUUUGUCCAAUCUGUUAUUCCUACAAUUGAAUACGACUAUACUCAGAAUUUUAUGUUACCUACCUCAUCCUAAAAAUGUAGAUGCUAAUAGAAAACUUACUUGCAAAUUACAAUAAUAUAAAUAGUGUUAUUAAAUUUUGUUAUUUUAAAGAAAAUUUUAUUAAAUUCCAAAAUUUUACUAAUGAAUUUAAAAACUUUUUUUUUCCUUAUGCAUGCAAGACUUAUCUACUUACAGUAAUAUGUAUAAGUUAGUCACAGUCAUGUAAUAGAAUUAGUAAUUAUCAUAUUCAUGAUUUCAUUAAUAAAUAAAGGUAAGGCCCUCUCUCUGUCACAUAUUUUACAUGUAGACGCAAAGUUCGUAAACAAUUUUUUAAGAGCAUGAUUAACACCAGCUUCAAAGCCAUUGCUCUCUUAUUCAUUUUUAUAUUAAUGAAAAAUAAUGUUAAUUGUAAGCGACUGUAUAGUCAAAAAAAAAAAUUAUUUUUAAAGUAAUGUUUGUUGUUUUGUAAAGAAAUUUUUUUAAAUGUGAAAAUCAAAUAUUAUGUGUACUACUCAGCUUAUAAAUAAAUAAUAUAAAAAUCA